AUGGCCAUGUUUCAAGAUGCCAAAGAAAAGGAUGAGAGGGAUCUGCAGACUGUGUCGUCGUUCCGCCCUGGAGCGACGACUGGUGUUUUGCAGGACUUUGCAGACCCAGACGUCCAGAAUGAAGGCGAAACGACUCACAAGGGAGAAUUUGGCACGAAACGUGACCUGAAACCUCGCCAAGUGUCCAUGAUAGCAGUUGCUGGUACCAUUGGAACUGGUCUUUUCCUAGGAUCUGGUGCUGCUCUAGUAAACGGUGGGCCUGUGGGCUUCUUUCUCGGCUACACCAUCGUUGGUUGUCUAGUUGGCAUGAUGAUGUUUUGUCUGGGCGAAAUGACGGUAUACUCACCCAAUAUUGGUGGCUUCAUCGAGAUGGGCACCAAAUACAUCUCGCCCGAGGCAGGAUUCGCCAUGGGCAUCAAUUACAUCUUGCAGACCGGCUUCGCUGUCCCGACAGAGAUCACAGCAGCUGCCGUCAUGAUCAGCUAUUGGGAUCCCGUCACAAACCACGUAGCAGCGUACAUUGCAUCUUUCCUUGUCCUCAGUAUAGGCAUCAACCUCCUUGGAGUCAAAUACUUUGGCGAAGUGGAAUUCGUAUUUGCUUGUAUCAAAGUUCUGAUGCUCGUUGCCCUCAUAUUGUUUGGCCUCAUCGCCGACCUUGGUGGAGUCAAUGGUGUAUACACCGGUGGUCGCUACUGGAGAGACGAGCCGUUCAAUGACACUUUUGCAAACUUGACUCCAACCUCAUUUGCAGCAUUCCUCGGAUUUUGGAAAGUUCUUACUCAGGCAGCCUUUGCGUUUGGCGGCAUUGAGGGUAUUAGUGUGCUGGCCGGUGAAGCGCAUAAUCCCAGGAAGACCAUGCGAAGGGCUGUCAGAACGGUCUUUUAUCGAAUUGUCGGGCUGUAUCUCCUCACUGUCCUGAUCAUCUCUCUCAAUGUCAGCCAGCAUUCGUCCGCGCUGCUCGAUGCAGUCUCAAAAGGCGGUUCAACUGCAGCAUCCUCGCCGUUUGUAGUCAUCUGCCAGCAGACUGGUGUUAAAGUUCUCCCAAGUGUGAUCAACGCUGUGGUCAUGACCUCGGCUUUGUCAUCUUGCAACGAGAAUAUCUUUGCUGUAGCAAGAACGCUGUUUGCAUUAUCUCGUCAACACUGUUUGCCCAGAUGCUUUCUGAGCGUAAGUCGAUUGGGCACGCCGUUCUGGGGUGUCUUAGUAGCUUUUUGCUUCGGGCUGCUAGGCUUCCUCUCAGUGUCCAAUGGCUCCAAUCAAGCUUUUAUCUGGUUGUCAAACUUAUCAGCUCUUAGUAGCUUGAUUGCAUGGAUCAGUAUUUGCGCUUGCUUCGUUCGAUUCUACCAUGCUCUGGAAAUCCAGGGCAUCGACAGAAGGAACCUUGACCUCCGAGGAUGGUUCCAGCCAUAUAUGGCGUGGAUUUGCAUUGUCUCUUUUUCUGUUAUUCUAUUCUUUAACGGUUUCCAGUCCUUCAUCCACAAGUUCUCGGUCUCAGAUUUCUUUGCUUGCUACAUCACGUUGCCGGUAGUUGCCUUAUCCUUGCUUGGCUUCCGAAUCUACUUGUGGCGGACUGGGAAGGCUUAUGGUUUGACGAAUCUUGAUGAGAUUAACCUAGGCAACGGACCGGCCAAGGCUCUGCAAGGCACUCGGUAUGAUCUUGGGGCGUCAUAA